UGAGAAAAUUGGGGUGCCGCCCGUCGUAGAUGGGAACGUGCAUCGCGUCGCUGAUAAUAUCACUGUUGGCGGCUUUGGUGGCCCCGAAGACUGGGCCUCGUCCGGCUCCUCCAGUGAAGAAGAGGGUCUUCCCCAAGCUCCAUCCGUCGGCCAACACCUUCCCAUAGGUGUCUCGGGACGAGGAGGCCAUAACCGCAUGAAUGGCAACGGUGCAGGCGGCAUGACACUUGGGCUUUCUCCAGCACUGGCACGUCGUUUUAUUUAUCGUAUUGAAGCGACGAGGGCACGACCGCCGUUGCCACACAUGACUCUCUUCCGUGAGUCCACGCGAGGAGCGGGGCUUCUGCAAUUGUUUCAGCUGAAGGAUGGCGGCGCCAGGUUGGAGCGGUUGAGUGGGUUUGUCGGUCCACACAUUGCCUCGCUUUACAUGGCACUUUCUCCCGACAACUCGCUUCUCGCCACCGCCGGGAGCGAAAUGAAGUUACGUAUAUGGCGAGCCUUUAAAUUGAAGUCACCGGUACGUGGUGUUCGGUGUGAACUUCGCUGA